UUUCAACUUUCACUUUUGGUGAAAUUGUGUGAGCUGAGAUUAUUAUUUUACACCAAAUGCGGGGGAGAUUGAUUUUGUCUUGUCAGGCUAUCACAAAAAUCCCAUUGACUUUGCACAUAUACAGAGAUUAUGGCAGAUGAUGAAUGCCCCGAGGAUCUGGAAAAACUGUAUGACCAGAUGUUUGCCUAUCGAUACACAGAUGAGGAUCCAGACUAUCAGCAGACAAUUUCUAAACCAAUUCCACCAUGCCCAUGUAUAACAGGAUAUUUUACAAGAUCAAAGAGAAAUUUUGACAACAGAGACAACAGAAAUCAAGGUGGAAGAGGUCAGUGGGGUCAAAGAGGUAGGGGUCGCUGGCAAGGUCAUGGCAAUCGCUAUAGAGAUGAUAGAGGUCGGAAUGAAGGUCAUAGCUAUUAUGAUAGAGACGAUAGAGGUCAAGGCAGUUAUAGACACUAUGAUCAAGACAGGCAUGGAAAUAGACAUUCUGAGGGACGGCGUUACAAUCCUUACUGAAAUCUUGUUAAUGUUACCAUAGUAACAGGAGAAGUUAAACAGUAGACAGUUGGUCGACAGUGGAAUUAAAAUAUGGAUUGUCAGAUGUUGUCAAUUAUGUGUAAUCAAAUUUAACAGGGUACGAAUAGAAAUAAUGAAUAUUUUGAUGAAAAGACACCAGCCUGUCAAAUUUAUUGCACAAAAUCAAAUGGGAUUAAAUUGUGGAAAUUUCAUGGAAUACUUUGUUAGAAAUAUAAUAACUUUCACAGAUUGAAAUAAAUUAUCUCAAGAAUG